GUUUUCUCUCUCUGUGUUUCUUCUUCUUCUUCUUCAACCAAAAGAAAUUAAAGAGAGUUUUUCGUUUUUGUUAGUGAGGUUAGGUAAAAGAAUGGGAAGAACUCCUUGUUGUGACAAGAAAGGUUUGAAGAAAGGUCCAUGGACGCCUGAAGAAGAUGAGGUUCUUGUUGCACAUAUCAAGAAAAAUGGACAUGGAAGCUGGAGAACACUUCCUAAGCUUGCUGGUUUACUUCGCUGUGGAAAGAGUUGCAGGCUGAGAUGGACAAACUAUCUGAGACCAGACAUAAAGCGAGGUCCUUUCACUGCUGAGGAAGAGAAACUUGUUGUCCAGCUUCAUGCCAUUCUCGGCAACAGGUGGGCAGCAAUAGCAGCACAGCUUCCAGGAAGAACAGACAACGAGAUCAAGAACUUAUGGAACACUCAUUUGAAGAAACGUCUUCUAUGUAUGGGUCUUGAUCCUAGAACCCAUGAGCCAUUACCUUCAUAUGGGUUAGCCAAACAAGCUCCAUCUUCACCAACUACUCGCCACAUGGCUCAAUGGGAAAGCGCUAGGGUUGAAGCUGAGGCAAGGCUUUCUAGAGAAUCAAUGCUCUUUAGUCCUUCUUCUUACUCUGGUGUAGUAAAAACUGAUUGUGAUCACUUCUUACGCAUUUGGAACUCUGAGAUUGGUGAAGCUUUCAGAAAUCUUGCUCCAGUAGAUGAAUCAACAACUACUAGUCAAAGCACUUGCUCGAGGACAACAUCUACAUCAUCUGCACUUCUAAAGAGCUCAACAAAUUCUUGUGGAGGGAAAGAGGUUACUGUGGCGAUUCAUGGCUCAGAGUCUUCUCCAUGUUCAAAUGUUCUUGAAGAUGAUUCAACAGACUCUGCUCUUCAACUUCUGCUUGAUUUUCCAAUAAGCGAUGAUGAUAUGAGCUUCUUGGAAGAGAACAUUGACAGCUACUCACACACUCCUGUUGGUCUUGUCUCAAUGGUUUCUAAAUUCUAAUCUUAUGAAAGCCUAUCUAAGAAAAAGAUUCAAACUUUGCUUCUUUUUGGUCUUCUCAUCUUUAGUGAUCAGAAGUAGAGGAGAUAUAGUAUCUAUGUAAAUCAGCAGUAGUUAGUUGAAGUACUUAAUCAAUCCUCUCUUUAUGA